AUGACCGAAAUCGAGGCCAUUGUGUCCUUUCACCUUGGCAGCAGUGAUUUUCAAUUGGGUGAUGAAGAAAUGUGGAUUUCGGGUAGCUACAACGUCUGCGUCCCCAUGUAUUUCAGUCCGGCCUCUAAGAAAGAUGAUGUCUAUACCAGGAUACCGUUGCCGUACAAAGUUGGGGAGAGAAACUCUCCCGGCAAUGUCGAGGAGAAGCUUCGGUGCGAGGUUGCUUCCUACAUCUGGAUUCAACAAAAUUGUCCGGAUAUCCCAAUUCCUGCACUCUAUGGAUUUGGGGUUCCGGACGGUCAAACGUUCACUGCACCCGAAAAUGUUCCACGCUUCACUCGACUCCUGUCGUAUGUAAAGCGGACCUUGUUUUCGUGGCUUGGAACAGCUUCACCAAGUCGGUACAUCCGCCGACGGCGUCUAGAUAUCCUGAAGACUGGAUAUAUCAUCAUCGGUCGAGUUAUCGAGGGAGAAAUGCUCUCGAUCUCCUGGGAUUCCUUCCGCCACGACGCCGUUCGUCGCUCAAACCUGUUUCAUGAUGUAGCCCGGAUUACCCUGUCAUUGAACAAAGCUCGUCUCCCUCGCAUCGGCUCUUUGUCCUUUAACGACAGCGGUCAUCUCGCAUUGACCAACCGUCCCCUAACAUUACGCCUGCAGACCUUAGAAAAUGAAGGCAUUCCUACUCCUCUUGAUCGGAAUUCUACCUACACAGCUGUCGAGCCUUAUGUUUUGGACCUCUUGGCGUGUCACGAUCAUCGGAUUCACCACCAACCGAAUUCCAUUCAUCAUCAUGACGAUGGCGAGCAGCAACUUGCCGCUCCAACGAUGAUGCGUGCCAUCACUCAUCAUUUCUUGGAUCCAACGUAUCGACACGGCCCUUUCGUCUUUACUCUUACAUAUCUUCACCAAAGUAAUAUCUUCGUGGACAAGGAUUGGCACAUUACUUCUCUGAUUGACUUAGAGUGGGCCUGCUCUCUUCCCAUUGAAUUCCAGUCCCUGCCGUAUUGGCUUUCGGGGCGAGCUGUAGAUGAACUGACCGGAGAACACAUGGACACUUUUCGCCGAUUGGCGACGGAAUAUCUGGACGCCUUCGAGCAAGAGGAGAGAUGA